AUGCUGCCAAGUCUUUCGCCCGUAGUUCUUCUUCUUCCACUCCUUCUUUGCUUAAUCCAAUCUGUGUGGUCAUCAGAAGGUAAGCAAAAACGAGGAUGUGUCUUUCCUUUCAAACGGAGAAAUGUGGCAGUCGCGGCGGCCGAGAAUCGAAUUGAAUUACCCUUUUUUCGGUCAGGUGUCCGUCCCAGGAGACGUACGCAUUCCAUAAAAAUCUUCUGGGGGCUCUUUCUCCUGCCUUGAAGCUUCAUCAGAUGCUCGGAAUAAUUCAUGAGGAGGAAACGGGCACACUGACUGCAAACCGCCCCGCUAAUAGUUUGUUGAUUCGUAUACAAGGUGUGAAUUCUUUCGCAUUCUCCUCACUCUCGGAUACGUGGCAUUGUCUUGGACCGGAGAGGUGCCGUACUCGCCAAAAGCCUCCUCACUUCAAGUUUCGACAGCAAAACCCGAUUUGUGUCUGCGUCGAGACGUCUGACACGCUCCCUCGUGGAAAGAGUACAUUAUUCUAUUGUGUGGGAGCAACACACUUGCGCCGCCUUUAUCAUUCGAGAGCAAAAAAUAAAAGGGAGAAGGGAACAGAGGAACGAAAAGUUUGCAGAUGGGGUCCCUGUCGAAACGGUCCACGCACCAAUGUUCGAAGGUUUGGCAUGAUUGUCUCGAGUCCGUUUUCCGUAGUUGCCUCCCUUUUUUCCUCAAAUAUCACUCCUUCCCCUUAGCAGUUAGUCGAACUGAUUCAUUCGAAAUUCCAUUUAUACUGCACGCCGGGCUCCAGAGUAUUGAGAUUUUAAAAAGACGAUUUUAGAUGUAUUCGAUGUACGAAUUCACGAAGGAGCCGACAAAGGAAGUCGGCUAACAAUGAGCCAAGAGCUCCAAAAAGCCACGGAGCCACUCGGACACUGUUUUGGGCAACUGGAGACCGACGUCGAAUGGAUAGAAUGGAGGUCGAGCAGAAGUGCCUUCUACACUUCCAGUCAAAUGCCUCUUUCUGCUACCAAAAACUCGAAUAACCUCGUUGGAACUCUCCACUUGUAAGUAGCACAUGAUCAGUAAAUAAUCAAUACUUUAAUUUUCAGAUUGUGUGCUGCCAAUCGGAUGCAUACUUUUCCGUUCCGAGUGCAUAUCACUCACCGUAAUCACCAUCCCCCGUCGUUUUCAAAACCAUUCUUCAAUUUCCACAUUCCAAUGACCAUUCCGAUUGGAUCUGUGAUUGGCAAACUGGAUGUCAAAGACCAAGAUCCUGUCAUUUACAAUUCGGAACGAAGGAUUUCAUUCACAAAAGACGAGCAACUCGUUGAAAUAACACAAGACGGAACACUCAAACUAAAAUCAGAUUUGAGCACUUUGGUGCCGUACACUCCGCAGAGAAUGCAAGUUUUGGCCAUCGACUACGGCAGUCCGCAGCUCUUUUCGAUUGUCAAUCUCACUUUGAUACCAGUGACUGUGUCAAUGGUGAGGGAGUUGCACGUGAAUGUAGUCACGGAAGAGUAUCAAAUAUUUGAAUGGGAACAUCCGGAACACGGAAAAGUGGACAAGUAUCGGCUGAGUAUCCGCAAGGACGAUCAGAUUGUUUACGAAGAGGAGAUUGAAGCAGCCAAGACCCUGGCAUUGACUAAGGUGGGUAGGGUAGAAUCAUUGGUGGCCCUCAAUGGAAAUACUUUCAGAUUGCCUUAUCCAACACAAUGAAUGUGAGUUUUCAAGUGACUGCAAUCGACGAAAACGGGGAGACGUCGAGUGAAUGGACGCAGAUCGGACCAAUUGAUAGAGGUAUUCCCUGGUCCCCUUUCCAUCUUAUUCCACAUCUUUUUCUUCCAGAUGUCAUUUGUAAAGGCGAAUGUUCUCGUGGCGGAACUCCACUCUGCUACGUCGGCGCGUUCAACCGCGUCGAACAAUUCGUCGAUGCUCGUGGAGCCCACUGCCUCUGCUUCCCUGGUUUCAUGGGAGUCUCGUGCGAAACGAUCGGUAUGACGAAUGCGUUACGCAACAUUUCAUUCGAGACCUGCCAAGGCACAUCUGUGCUUCCGGACAGCCUCAAACAGACGCCGCCGCCGCUUGCUCUUUCGCUCGCUCGCUUGAUUUGGCCAAUCAUAAUUCUGCCGCACAGGAAAUCGCGUUCGCUUAGCCGGGAAGGGGCGAGCCCUCUUCCUCCCUUUCACGAUUAAAUACUUAAUUAUUAUUUAUGUGUCUUAUAUCGAAAUGAUUCACAUUUAGAUCGAUGUGCUCCAGAAAGAACAGUCGAUGUAUGGGGAGGGGUCGAUUGGACGGAAGUGAACACGAACAUUUCCCUUUUGGUGCCAUGUGAGAGGAAAGAACGAAAAGGGCUAAUGAUAUAUGUCUUUGCAGGUCCGUAUAACGUUGUCAUGGAAAACAAGUUCCUCGAGAGACGAUGUUCCUGGAAUACUGAGGCCGGAAGAGCAAUAUGGGAGAAGCCACAGGACCGGAAUUCAUGCCAGACACAGACUUCCGUUCUCGCGCACCUGGGACUCAUCGGCACUUACUCGGCGAAAGCGGCCACGGUUUCAGCCAUAAAUACAGUCACAAGGUUGGAAAUGAGGUGUUUUUCGAUGCUAAGUGUCCACCAUUUCCAGAUUUGUCCGAGAUCUUCUGACCUAUCCCUCGUUCUCUAAGGAUAUGUCGAGACACGCCCAUUUUGAUCAGAAGAUUGCCGAGAUGACGGCGCUUGUGCUCGAUGCGGUAGUGCAAGCCAAUUUAGAUCGCAUCCCGGGCAACACGACACUGCUCAGAGCGGAAACGUGGCGGAUCAUUGAAUCUUUAGCUCGAAGCCUUCCGAUUCCCUACUCGCUUUCGUCUCCGGACAAUGGAAUCCAUAUGAAAUCAAUUGAAUGGGUGAAAAGUGGGGAGCCAAACGACAAUCUGAUCGGAAAGAAAUGUCGAAUCCAGCUGCCAACGACUGACGAAAACCACGUGAUUCGGGUGGUGUGUGCUUCAAAUGCCACAUUAUUCGAAUUGCUCGAACCGAAAAGUCCAGUUCUUUCUGUGAAACCAGACGGCCUGGAACCGUUCGGAUCCACGAGAAUGUCGAUUUACAUCAAGUACCCGGAUACUCAUGACAACUACACGUGCGUCUAUUACGACGAAGAAGAGAGGGCGUGGUCGACGAAGGGAAUCAGAAGAAUCGAGCACAGCUAUCACGGAUACGUGAAGUGCGAAACUAACCAUUUCGGAGUGUUCGCUCUUCUGCCGGAUCGUCUCUUCUAUAACUCCGAAUCGUUCUGGAAGGAUUUGGCCUCGCACAUGCCGACGGUCACUUCUUUUGUCACUCUCAUUUGCACAGUCCUCCUCUUGUUCAUGGCUGCAGUUCAAAAGUAAGUCCUUCUAUCAACCCUUAUCCUAAUUCCGUGUACUCAGGAAUCAACCGAUCGACUGUGCCUUCCUCUUCUACCUCUUCUUCGUGUUCAUGAUCCACUUGGCCCAUCUCCUUCUGUUCCUGGCCCCUCAGGUCGGAGAGCCAUUCGCCUUCUCCACUCUUCUUCAUUUCGUUCUCCAAUUCUGCGUCAUUGCAUCUUCUGGUCUGCUGUGCUUAGGUAAGUCAAUCUGAUGAUUAACAGAAAUAUUCAUUUUCAUCUUUCGCAGUUCUCUACUCCAUUCAUACUACAAUCAUCAGUUACAACGUGACCAAAGAAGAGGAAUUACAAGGAUGCUUCUCCAAACCUUUCCACGUCUUCGGAAUGGGAAUCUGUAAGCAAUCAGUCAAAAUCUCUGUUGCUGUCACUGAUCACAACUUUUCAGUGUCUCCAUCCAUUUUCACCUUUUCUACCUACUAUUUACUAGACGGUCGUGACCUAGAUAUCGGUAGAAUAUUCGAGCGAACCGACUGGCUUUUCAUCUCCAAUUACCUUCUUCCAACUGCCGUUCUCUUCUCCAUCUCGACAGUUUACGCAGUUUGGAAUGUAUACAUUGCCAGUGGAACAAAGUAAGCAAAAAGAGUUUAAACGAUCACUGAAAUAACUUUUUGCAGGAAUAACCGACGCUGCUCAUCCGAUCGACUGCUGUCCCUAGGACCAGCAAUCAGUGCAUCAGUAACUUCCCUCUUCAUGGUUUUCUUCUUCUGCUCUGCUCUUCUGCUCUUCUUCUUCCGAGAGCACUCUCCGAUGGCCAUAUUCUUUUUUUGUCUCUUCCAGUUCUUCCACGUCAUCACCGCUUUCUUCUUUGCUUCGUAUCUAUUCAGGUGAUGAGCAUCUUCCUCUUCUCCAGUCAAUCCCCUUUUUUUUAGACUGCGCUUCCUCCUACAGCGUGGAUUUGAUAGCAACGAUUCUACAGACUCACUUGAGCGGAAAAGAGACAUUUCCCGCGCGCUUCUGGAGCAUGUGGAAACAAAGAGUGACAUCGCUUCUGAUCGCGUGGUCGUCGACGGAGGAUUCACCGAAGCCGGAUUCGCUCCGGCCGCUCACUUUCAGUACUCUCCGUCAGAUUACAUCCCCCCUGGUUCCCUGACGCACAUUGAUAACAACAAUCGGUAUUUGGCUCUGCACCACAAUAUAUUCGAGAGAGCUCCAAUGGUUAGCAUCGUCUAG